AUGGAAAUAGAUGAUGUAUUACCUUGUCGAAAAUUUGCAUUUAGUAUAGGCCAUUUUCUUAAUGAUUUAUGUGCAUCGGUAUGGUUUUCUUAUUCGCUUGUCUUCUAUCAUCGUGUAGCAAAAUUUUCCAAUAGUUCUGCUGGUUAUUUAUUAUUAAUUGGUCAAGUAGCCGAUGCUCUAGCAACUGCAUUUGUUGGUUUUGCUUCAGAUCGAACUAAACAUGGUUUAUGUGGCAAACGAAAAUCAUGGCAUUUAUUAGGAGUAGUUUGUGUACUCAGUUCAUUUUCAUUAUGUUUUCAAUUAGAAAAUGAAAGUCUUGCAUUUAUUUUACCAUCAUUUUUUUAUUAUACAAUAUUUAUAAUAAUAUUUCAAUUUGGUUGGGCAUGUUCACAAAUUGGACAUUUAUCAAUGUUAAAUGAAUUAACAUCAAAAGAUGGUGAACGUGUUGCAUUAAAUGCAUAUCGUCAUGCUUGGUCGAUUAUUGCAAAUAUAUUUGUUUAUACUGUUACUUGGUUACUACUUGAUAAAAAUCAAACAAGAGAUAAUACUCAAAUGAAUGCCUAUGUUUUUCAAAUGUUAACUUAUAUCAUUAUUAUUACUGGUUCUUUUACAUCUCUUAUUUUUCAUCUUGGUUCGAAAGAAUUACCAUCUAUAACAAGUACUUUGAAAAAAAGAUAUGAUUUAAGACCAUCCCUUUCGAAAAAUCGAUUUUUCUCAAAUAAAGACACUUGA